CUUAUCUCGAAGGUCAAAUGUGAACAUUUUGUAAUCACGUUUACAUAUUCUAGUGUUUUUUCUUGCAGAAAUAAGAGAAGGCGUACAACUUAAAUAAAACAAAACGGAGAAUGGUGGCAUUUCGCUAAAAUGGAUUUGAAAACAGUGUUAAUCCUUUUGGCGUCAGUAUGUAAUACUGUAUCACUAGAGUGUAACACCUGUAAAGAUGUUAAAGAUGUAGCAUUGUGUAACACGACACAGCUUUGCCAACACGGACAGGCUUGCAUUCAUAACUUGACAACAACUAGCCAAGGACAGCUAAUGAACCUAGGAUGUGUAGAUUAUCAGCAAUGCGGUGUUCAUGGAAACAUUCCAAAUACGAUAGUAGGGAGGGACAUACAUGAAAGACAAACAUCUGACUGUCUUGAAUGCUGUUCGACUGAUCAGUGUAACAGAGUAUUAUGUGAACAUCUAUUACCUACAACAUGUGUAGACGAUGAAUCAAUUGACUGCGCAAAAAUGAACACUUUGUUUAGUAUCUGUAGUGACGUCGACCAUGCGAAGAAAGUGUGCCCCAAAUUUUGUGGUCUUUGCAAUGUCGUCGAUGGUAACUGGUUGGAAUGGUCUAGUUGGUCACAGUGUGAUGUAACAUGCGAAAACGGAACACAAAUCCGUUCGAGAAGCUGCACUAAUCCUUCACCACAACAUGGCGGUUCAAACUGUGCCGGGAACAGUAUUGAGGGAAAACCAUGCCAUCGCGAUCUAUGCCCGGUUCAUGGUGGUUGGAGUGGAUGGGAGGAGUGGGGAUCUUGCUCUGUCACGUGUGAUAUGGGUUUACAGCGCCGUACAAGAAAUUGUUCUAAUCCCGUUCCCAUCAGAAAUGGAAACCCAUGUUUUGGUCACAAUUUAGAUGUGAUGCAGUGUAUGCCUGGACCAUGUGCAAAUGGAGGCUGGAGUGACUGGAGUGAUUGGAGCACUUGUAGCGUGACAUGUGGGGGAGGUAUUCAAACAAAGACGAGAUCGUGUACAAAUCCUCGCCCAUCGCCUUUUGGAAAAGACUGCAUUGGAAAAAGCAUGGAUGUUGAGUCUUGUGCUAUGUCUGGCUGUGAACAAAACCAUUGCAAGUCAAAUCCGUGUGUCAAUGGUCAUUGUUAUGAAGUAGUAUCAGACUACAUAUGCAUGUGUAACCACGGUUUCGAAGGAAAGGACUGUGAUAUUUUUGCAUCUGACUGCUACGAUAUCAAGCAUUUGAAUAUGGGACAAACAACGGCCGUGUAUGGAAUACAUCUAUGGAAAUCUCAUAAGCCUUUGAACGUUUUGUGCGAUAUGGAUACUGCAGGCGGUGGCUGGACCGUAUUCCAAAACAGAUACGAUGGUUCAGUGGACUUUUACAGAAAUUUUGCAAACUACACAGCAGGUUUCGGCAGUAUGAACGGAGAAUUCUGGUUAGGAUUAGAAAGUCUACGUGAACUAGUUUCUCAAGGAAAGUCUGAACUUCGCAUUGAUGUAACAACUGCAGAUGGUAUCUCUCUUCACGGAACAUUUGCCAAUUUCAAUAUAUCGGCUGGUCCAUAUUAUACGCUUCAUGUCUCACCAGAAACAGGGACGUUAGGUAGCGGCAUAUCAUCUAGCAACAACAACAUGCAUUUCAGUACGUUUGACCAUGAUAAGGACACGAAUAGCGGCAACUGUGCAGAAAUGUACCAUGGUGCCUGGUGGUAUUACUCCUGCCGGGGUACCGAUCUUAAUGGAAUAUAUUUCAGUCCUGGGACAUUUAAUUAUACCUCAAUGAGCAUUUACGGACCUAACAAUGGCAUGGCUUACCAAUCUCUGAAAACGUCAAAAAUGAUGUUUAGAAGGGUGUAGAUACUACGAAAGACCCGUGGUGACAUUUCAGCUUCAUUAUUUCACGAUUUCUGCUUCCUGAUUUCACGAUUUCUGCUUCCUGAUUUCACGAUUUC